UUAUUUAUGAUUGAUAAAUAAAUGACGUCACUUCAACUAUAAAUCACGGUGCGCGCAUAGUCAGUAAAUACACGCAAGGGCAAAGCCAAAGAAAGAAGAAACGACCGGAACUGCGGAAGGAAAAGAGGGAAAGCAAUAAACUAAACUACUAAAAUCAUGCAGAUCUUUGUGAAAACCCUGACUGGCAAGACCAUCACACUGGAGGUUGAGGCAUCUGACUCUAUUGAGAAUGUGAAGGCAAAGAUCCAGGACAAGGAGGGAAUUCCCCCAGACCAGCAGAGACUGAUCUUUGCCGGCAAGCAGCUAGAAGAUGGCCGCACCCUGUCGGACUACAACAUCCAGAAAGAGUCCACACUCCAUCUUGUACUUCGGCUCCGAGGAGGUAUGCAGAUCUUUGUGAAAACCCUGACUGGCAAGACCAUCACACUGGAGGUUGAGGCAUCUGACUCUAUUGAGAAUGUGAAGGCCAAGAUCCAGGACAAGGAGGGAAUUCCCCCAGACCAGCAGAGACUGAUCUUUGCCGGCAAGCAGCUAGAAGAUGGACGCACCCUGUCAGACUACAACAUCCAGAAAGAGUCCACACUCCAUCUUGUACUUCGGCUCCGAGGAGGUAUGCAGAUCUUUGUGAAAACCCUGACCGGUAAGACCAUUACACUGGAGGUUGAGGCAUCAGACUCUAUUGAGAAUGUGAAGGCCAAGAUCCAGGACAAGGAGGGAAUUCCCCCAGACCAGCAGAGACUGAUCUUUGCCGGCAAGCAGCUAGAAGAUGGCCGCACCCUGUCAGACUACAACAUCCAGAAAGAGUCCACACUCCAUCUUGUACUUCGGCUCAGAGGAGGUAUGCAGAUCUUUGUGAAAACCCUUACUGGCAAGACCAUCACACUGGAGGUUGAGGCAUCAGACUCUAUUGAGAAUGUGAAGGCAAAGAUCCAGGACAAGGAGGGAAUUCCCCCAGACCAGCAGAGACUGAUCUUUGCCGGCAAGCAGCUAGAAGAUGGCCGCACCCUGUCAGACUACAACAUCCAGAAAGAGUCCACACUCCAUCUUGUACUCCGGCUCCGAGGAGGUAUGCAGAUCUUUGUGAAAACACUUACUGGCAAGACCAUCACACUGGAGGUUGAGGCAUCUGACUCCAUUGAGAAUGUGAAGGCCAAGAUCCAGGACAAGGAGGGAAUUCCCCCAGACCAGCAGAGACUGAUCUUUGCUGGCAAGCAGCUGGAAGAUGGCCGCACCCUGUCAGACUACAACAUCCAGAAAGAGUCUACACUCCAUCUUGUACUCCGUCUCAGAGGUGGCAACUAAUUAGUUGAAAGAUUGUGGUGUGACAUUUCAUGUUGAAGACACUUAAUCAACUUUUAAUCUUAAAAAUAAGUCUCAAGUUAAAUUAUUGUGCAAUUUUUAAAACUUGACUUAAACUUAGCAUUGUAUUAAAUAAACAUUACAAAAUAA